UUGGAGAAAAUGCCAGAAACCACAAUGAUAUCAACUUCACAUUGGCUUGAGAAAGUCAUCGAUCAGGAAUAUUUGAACUUUCAUGAUUUCGAUAAAUUCUCGGAUCUCGUUCCAGUAGGAGACGGACCACUCGGCAAAGUAUAUCGCGCACAAUGGCAGAUUCGCGGCAUGGUUGUGGCAUUAAAAAGUUGGAUUGAUGAGACGAGCAAAGAGGAAAAACGGAUAUUGGAUGAAUUUAUGAAUGAGCUAAAGAUGCAUCGAAAGGUUGAUUACCAUCCCAAUAUUUUAAGAUUCUAUGGAUUAAGCAAAGGUAAUAAUGAUUAUUAUAACUUCUUUUAUGUCCUUGCCAUAGAAACUAAUCAUCAUUUACCUCCAUCAUCUAUACAUUCAUCUUUUAAUAAUCUUAAUUCUCAUAUCCUUUUCAUCCACAAAGACGUGUGCUCAAAAAAAUACUUACUUGUCUUAGAGUAUGCGGAUGGAGGAACUCUUCGACAAUACUUGAAACAAAAUCAUUCAUCAUUGACUUGGGCUGACAGAAUAAAUCUCGCAAGACAAGUGACCAGUGGUGUUGCGUGUCUACACGAUAACGGUAUUUUACUUGGGGACUUGCACGCAAACAAUAUACUGGUUAAAGACGGUGCGAUAAAAAUUUCUGACAUCAGCCUAUCAAAACAAUUUUCUCGAAUAUCCGAUGCGGUUUCAGGUGCCAAAGGAGACAUUGCAUAUGUGGAACCACAGAAUUUAAAGAGUUUGCAAUAUGAACCAAACGAUAAAUCAGACAUUUAUAGUAUUGGUGUAUUGUUAUGGGAAAUAUCAAGUGGACGACCACCAUUUCAAACUUCCGCACCGCCUACAGCUAUGUCUCAAAUCCAAAUUGCUACGCGAAUAUCUAAUGGAGAACGCGAAGAGCCAGUGAAGGACUCACCUU